UUAUCGUCAGUGGUGUAAAACCAACUCGACGGUCGGUCGUGUUUAAAUGUGUAGUUUAUAAAAUGUUAAAACUAGUAAAAGGAAUACGGCGAUUAAAUGCCCAAUGCCGGCAAUACAACUACGCAACAGUGAUCGGCAGCGAGCCAAACAAAAAUGACCCCUACUUUCAAGAGAAUAAGGUUAAAAUGGACGAACUAGUCGACGAGCUUUGCCAGAAAACGAAUGACGCUAUCAAAGGUGGGCCCGAAGAGGCGGUAAAAAGGCACACGGCGAGAGGAAAAUUGCUCGUGAGAGACAGGAUUAACCGGUUAGUUGACGAAGGAAGCGACGUUUUAGAAUUGAGUACGUUGGCCGCCACCGACAUGUACAAAGGUCAGGUUCCGUGCGCCGGCAUAGUUACAGCUAUCGGUAAAGUUCAAGGUCAGGACUGCAUGAUUGUGGCGAACGACGCUACCGUUAAAGGAGGAACCUAUUUUCCUGUGACAGUGAAGAAGCAUUUGCGAGCACAGGCAAUUGCUCAGGAAUGCCGACUUCCGUGCAUAUACCUCGUUGACUCGGGUGGUGCUCAUUUACCAGAUCAAGCGGAUGUGUUUCCUGAUAGGGAACAUUUCGGACGGAUAUUCUAUAACCAGGCGAACAUGUCCGCGGAAGGUAUCCCACAAAUAUCCGUGGUGAUGGGCUCGUGCACUGCCGGAGGUGCUUAUAUCCCCAGUAUGUCAGAUGAGAGUAUUAUAAUUAAGAAUCAGGGCACAAUUUUUCUAGCUGGCCCACCAUUAGUGAAAGCAGCAACAGGUGAAUCGGUAUCAGCUGAGGAUUUAGGAGGUGCUGAUUUACAUUGCAGACAAUCUGGAGUAACUGAUCACUAUGCUCAAGAUGACGAGCAUGCUUUACAUUUGGCGAGAAAUGUGGUCGCUAAUCUUAAUUGGAACAAUAGCCAAAGCGCCAGAAGCUAUCCAACCAAAGUCGAUGAGCCUUUACAUGACAUCGAUGAGUUACAUGGAAUCGUGGGUGCAAAUAUUCAAAGACCUUUCGAUAUCCGAGAAGUAGUUGCCAGAAUAGUAGAUGGGAGUAGGUUUCACGAAUUCAAACAGUUUUACGGAGACACAUUAGUAUGUGGAUUUGCAUCAGUAUAUGGUCACCCUGUGGGCGUUAUAGGCAAUAAUGGUGUUUUGCAAUCAGAAGCUGCUUUAAAAGGUUCGCACUUCAUUCAGCUUUGUGCUGCUCGUAAAAUACCGCUUCUGUUUCUUCAAAAUAUAACCGGUUUUAUGGUUGGCAGAGAGGCUGAGGCUGGUGGAAUUGCUAAGAAUGGUGCUAAAAUGGUGACAGCAGUGAGCUGUUUUAAAGGUCCCAAGAUAACAGUUCUAGUAGGUGGCAGUUUUGGAGCUGGUAAUUACGGGAUGUGCGGAAGGGCUUAUUCUCCAAGUUUCCUUUAUAUGUGGCCUAAUGCUAGAAUAUCUGUGAUGGGGGGUCCUCAGGCGGCAACAGUUUUAUCACUGGUCGCUAAAGAGAAGGCUUUAAGAGAUAAGAAACCAUGGAGUGAUGAGGACGAGAAAAGAGUUAGAGGACCGUUGGAAGCACAAUUUGAGAAAGAAGGUCGACCAUAUUACAGCACCGCUCGAUUAUGGGACGAUGGAAUAGUGGCUCCAAGAGAUACAAGAAAAGUGAUAGGACUCAGUCUAUCAACAGCUUUGAAUGCCCCAUUCAGAGACAGUAAAUUCGGUGUGUUUAGAAUGUAAGAUAAAAAUGGAUGACAAUUAUGUGAGUUUGUGAUAAAAUGUUUGUUUGCGAUAUCACGAAAAACUGUAUUUGAUAAUUACAUAGACUUGAGAAACAUGUGAUUUCAUUCGCGUUUGAUUGUGUUAUCAGUUAUUACUACUUAUAUUAAGUUGUUACGCAA